CCUCUGCACAUUUUCUCUUCCGUGCGCUCAGACAACAGCUACGUCGGCGAAUACUACAGAUUUCUCAAUUAAAUUCUGUUCAUUCACAUUUAAGUUCGAAAAGAUAGCCCAGUCCGCCUGACUAUUUCGAAUUGUCGGCGCUUUUGUGUGCAGGAGUGUGAAAAAGACGGAAAAUCCAAAAAAUACCAACACAGCGGGGAAUCGAAACAGUACAGACCUACACUUGAACAUGUCUUCAGCGGCCAAUUCGCCUGCGACUAAUUCGAACUCUGAUGACGAACAAAGCCGAUCGAAAUGGCAUAUACAACUAAAUGCGGACACACCUUCACCAAAUCCAAACACACCGUUAUCUACACCCACCUCAUUGCAUUCCAGCGCCGGUGGAGUUAGUGGUGGAGCAUCAAAACGCAAAAGUGCGUUUCUUCCAUAUCGGCCACAUGCCACUGUGCUAACAAACUUGCAGCGCGGCAAUACUGAAGCAACCUUUUGCCCAGUGGAAGUAGCAUUAUCAUUCCACGAACGUGCCGGUCAGGGUGAGAUCACCGAUGAUCAAGUGCGUAUAGAAUUCGAGCGUAAUGCUCGCAAUAUUGAUUUCAAAGAUGCUACUGGGUUUACUGCCCUACAUUGGGCAUCAUACUAUGGUCAGCUAGCUGCAGUACGUUUACUUGUUGAUUCUGGUGCUGAUGUGAAUGCCGAAGCACCUGAAAUGGUAACACCACUUUUGCUUGCAGCCUGUGGUGGUCAUAAUGAGGUGGUGCGUUUGUUGCUGGAACGUGGUGCUCGCCCUACACAUAUGGAUAUUGUUGGCAAUACGGCGUUAAUGUAUGCCGCUGCUGGAAAUCACCCACACACCUGCAACGAAUUGUUAGCCAAAGAUCCGGAUAUGACGGCAACCAAUGAGAAUGGUGAUACCGCAUACUCAUUGGCUGUAGAAAAUGGAGCUGUUUUGGCCCAAGCUGUGCUGGAGCAGUACUUGAGUGCGUUGUUGCUGCUUUAAAAGAGAACUAUUCUCAAAAGGAAUUGAUUAUGAAAAUCGUGUCACUAACAGCAACAACAACAGCAAUAGACGCAAUAACGCAACAUUCCUUUCGCUGAAGUGAGUUGAGCGCGCCGCUGAGCAUAAUCGAAGGCCGUAAAGUCGAUGGCAUAAAGAAGGAAAG